CCCUGCAGACAUGAGCAGAAGAGUACCGGCUCUGGUGGCAGUCGUAUCGUGCGCCGUGUGGCUGGCGGCCGCUGGCGUGGGUGGGGCGCCGUCGACGUCAGCGUCAGAGGAGUUUCCGGAGGUGCAGACGCCGCUGGGGCGGCUGCGGGGUAGCGUGCUGCGCUCCCUGGACGGCCGAACCAUUUACUCUUUCAGGGGUGUGCGCUACGCCCAGCCUCCUGUCGGCGACUUGCGCUUCAAGCCACCAGUACCAUUAAAUCCGUGGGAUGGCAUAACAGAUGCCACAAAGGAUGGUGCAAGAUGUCCUGAAGCAGAAAACACUAACCAGACCUCUGAAGACUGCUUGUUUCUCAAUGUGUACACAACUAAAUUGCCAGACCAUACCCGAAACCCAAAGAGACCAGUGAUGGUCUUUCUACACCCUGGUGCCUUCUAUCUCUUUAGAGGAACAAGCGACCUGUUUGGUCCUCAGUAUCUAUUGGAUGAGGACAUAGUUCUUGUGACUCUCAACUACAGACUUGGAGCUUUAGGGUUCCUAAGCACUGGAGACUCAGUUCUUCCUGGAAACAAUGGAUUUAAGGAUCAGGUGAUGGCUCUCAGGUGGGUCCAGCAGAAUAUUGCUUCUUUUGGAGGUGACCCAGAUAAUGUAGCACUCAGUGGCUAUAGUGCUGGCUCCACCAGUGUAUAUUUGCACAUGCUGUCUCCAAUGUCUAAAGGCUUAUUUCAUAAAGGAAUUGCAAUGAGUGCAGGCUUUCAAUCAAGUGCUGUAAAGGAACCAUUGCAGCAAGCAAAGAAGCAAGCUAGAAUUCUAAACUGCCCUGACACAACAUCAGAGAAGAUUGUUGAAUGUUUGAAAGGAAAGGAUGCCCUAGAAAUUGCAGAAACACAGCCACAGUUUUUUGAAUUUGGUUGGGAUCCUAUGAUUAUUUUUGGUGUUGUUAUUGAGCAAGAUUUUGGAGAUGGAGCUGAGAGAUUCAUAACCGCAGAUCCAACAGAGCAGCUACUUUCAGGGAACUUUGCUCAAGUUCCAUUGAUAGCUGGAACAACCAAAGAUGAAUUCACUUGGAAAGGUCUGGAAAUUACCUACAAUAAUCCAGAAAAUAUGUCUGAAAAUUAUGAAACAGUAUUUCCAAUUGCAUUUGUUUAUGAGCGGGGUACGCCACACUCACUCGAAGUCAGUAGAGAGCUGAGAAAGUUUUAUCUUCAAGAUAAACCAAUAACAAAUGAUUCUGAGAUUGCACUUGGACAAGCAUAUUCUGAUGCACUUAUAAUAUUCCCUACGGACCGUGCUGCCAAGAUAGUAGCUCAGCUGAGUUCAGCACCUGUGUACUAUUACCACUUCACGUAUGCAGGCAGGUACAGCUGGUUGUACUCACCAGGAACUCAAACUCCAUAUGGCAUUUCUCACCAUGAUGAUCUCAUUUAUUUAUUCUACAUCUCAGCAAGAUUCCCAGAAUUCAUUAAAACUGAUCCUGAAUACACAACAGUGAAAAGAAUGACAAAAAUGUGGACAAAUUUCAUCAAAAUUGGGAACCCAACUCCAGAGAAGACUGACCUCAUAAAUGUAGAGUGGAAAACACUUAACCUCUCAAAGCCAGCAUGCCUUGACAUUGGCUCGGAGCUGCAGAUGAGACAAGGCCUGUACUACCAGGAGCGCAUGCGGCUGUGGGAUAGGCUCUUCCCUCUGCCCAUCAGCACAUCUGGGGCCAACAGAAGGAGAUCCAGGCCUGUCAGGAAUCACCAUAGCCGCCAUGCUCACCAUCAUUAGUCAUGUGGUCCAUUACUGUAAGUGCCAUACUGAAGAGCAACACUACAAGUGUAUAUGUUUGUAUGAUAUAAUGUGUAGUAACAUAUCAUUGACCACAAUGACAAUUCUGUCACUAAAGAAAACCAAAAUUAUGUAUCAAACAAAUUUUAUCAGUUUACCUUAUUUGUGUACAAUGUUUUCAAUAAAAGAAUGAUAACACUUGA